AUGACUCAAACCUCUUCUAACAAUGGUGGAAUUGAUGAGAUUUUGGUGGAGGAGGAAGCAAAUGUUAAAACAUUUAUAUUAAAUAGGCCUAAGCAAUUGAAUGCACUUACUUUUCAAAUGAUGUAUUGGUUGUUGGAACUUUUCCAUGCCAGUGAAGGAAAUUCAAAGGUGAAGAUGAUAAUAUUGAAGGUAGGAGGAUCCUCAUCUGUUUACAAUUUUUUCUUACUUAUGCUUUCAGGUAACUGGAAACUGUCCGCUGAUUUUAUCCGUGAACUAUUCACCCUUAACUAUAUGAUGGCAACAUAUAGUAAGCCCCAGGUUUUCAUCCUUGAUGGAAUAGUGAUGGGAGGUGGACUUGUUGUUUCUGUACAUGGUAGAUUUCGAGUUGCAACAGAGAAGACGGUUUGUGCUAUGCCUGAAACAGCUUUGGGAAUCGUUCCUGGUGCAUCUCACUUUUAUUCGAGGAUUCCAGGAUUCUUCGGGGAAUAUGCUGGUCUUACUGGUGCUAGGUUGGAUGGUGCUGAAAUGGUUGAUGUUGGUCUAGCAACUUAUUUUGUACCCUCGGAGAAAUUGCCAUUUUUAAAACAAGAAUUAGCUAAAGUCAAUACGAGUGAUGCAGACGUUAUUUCUGUCAUCAUUAGUCGCUUCUCUGCCAUACCAAAUUUGAAAGCAGAAAGUCCUUGUCACAAGAUGAAGAUUAUUGAUCUCUGUUUCUCUCAAAGAACAAUCGAAGAAAUCAUAUCUUCCCUUGAAAAUGAGGCUUUGAACAACAAGGAUGACUGGAUCUCUUCAACCAUCCAAUCGCUGAAGAAAGCAUCUCCGAUAAGUCUUAAAGUUUACUUGAGAUCAAUAAGAGAAGGAAGGCUGCAAGAUGUAGGUAGUUGCCUUAUUCGAGAGUAUAGAAUGCUUUGUCAUGCAUUGAAGGGAGAACUUAACAAGGAUUUUGUCGAGGGAUGCAGAGCGAUACUCAUUGACAAGGAUAGAAAUCCUAAGUGGGAGCCCUCCAGACUGGAACUAAUUAGAGAUGAUGACGUUGAUCGUUACUUCUCCAAGAUAGACGAUGAAGAUUGGGAAGACUUAAAGCUGCCUCCAAGAUCAAACUUGCCUCCAUAUGCAAUUGCCAAGCUUUAA